AUGGCGAAGAGCAAGGACGACAUCAAGUACGGGACGGCGCAGGCGAAGUUAUCUGAAGACGAGGCGAUGAGGAUUCGGUACGAGCACGGCACUCCGUUGGAAGGCGGCAAGAUUGCAGACUCCCAGCCGGUGGAAUUGUUCUCUGGUGCUCAUAGAGUCGCCGAUGCUAACGCUGAUGAAAGGGAUUCCUCCGGCGGUGGUCAGUCUCAGCCGGAUCGGCCGGGGAGAAAGCUACCGAUCUUCCCACCGGAGCCGGCUGAUGGAGAAUCGGGAUAA